CUAAAACUGAUCAUGUUUAUUGUAGGUAUUGUUCUAUCAUGGACUAUCACACAAAAUUUAAGUUUAUAUUCUGAAAUAGCUUCAUAUCAACUGUUUGCUUAUCAAGAAGGUUCAACACCACCACACUCAAAUCUGUGGAAAAAGGUUGGAGAUGUAAAAGCCUUACCCUUACCAAUGGCUUGCACAUUAACACAGUUUCAAGAAGGAAAUAAAUACCAUUUUGCUGUUCGUGCUAUAGAUGUUUAUCAAAGAAUCAGUGAUUUUAGUGAACCAAGCUCUAUUCAUCUAUUUGCUCUGUAA